GAUGGUUGCCAUAGCACAACCACUGUAAAUUCAAUUUAAGGCAGUUACAUCAUGACAUCAUCCAACCAGCAGUCUAUAUAUAUACCCCCCUCCCCAAUCUGAGGGAUUGAGAACGUUUGGUGAGUCUGGACAGGUACAAUCCUAGAUAGGAACCUUUUACGGAGGACGUACAGUUUAGGUAGGUGUGUACGAGUUUGUGUGGGAGCCCUUUGGACUUUAGAGAACCCCUUUUGGCCCUGUGUGACUGUUUUGGCUGAUAAGGUGAACCAUGUGCUCGGGUAGCUUUGCCAAGUCCCUGGGCAUCACCCUGAUCCCCCUGGCUAUCUUGUGUGUGGUCAGUAACAUCCUGCUCUUCUUCCCUGGGGGGCUGGUCGCUGAUGACAAUGACCAUAUCACUAAAGAGGUGUGGUACUUUGGGGGAAUCAUGGGAUCUGGGGUUCUGAUGACCCUCCCAGCACUGGUCUUCCUAGGACUCAAAAACAAUGACUGCUGCGGUUGCUGUGGCAACGAGAGUUGUGGAAAAAGAUUUGCGAUGUUCACCUCGAUCAUCUUUGCUGCGGUGGGGGUUCUGGGGGCUGGCUACUCCAUCAUUGUGUCUGCUGUUGCCAUUCAUAAUGGACCAAUGUGUCUCUAUACCAAUGGUACAACAGAGUUAUGGACCAACCCCUUUGUUGACGGUGACUACCUGAAUAACCACACCCUGUGGAAGGGCUGUAAGGCACCUCAGGGCAUUGUGACCUGGCACCUGACCUUGUUCUCCAUGCUGCUGGUGAUGGGCCUGCUGCAGGCUGUACUCUGUGCCAUCCAGGUCAUCAACGAACUCAUCGGUGCCAUCUGUGGAGACUGCUGUGGCCGCUGUGGGAGUACUGAUGGUGCAGUCUGAGGAUGUUUGAGCCUCUCAGAAGACAACUGGCUUUCUAUGAGGUGUAUUUAAUUUAGCUAAAUAUACAUUUUUUAAAUUCAACAAUUUCCUACCUACUUAAGUUGUCCUUUUGCUAUAUAGAAAAUAUUAGAUUUAUUUAAAUGAAGAUAAUACAUUUAACAUAAUUAAACGUAUUAUUCAAUAUGUUUAAAACAUGAUAGCAUUUUUUACGUUAUAUUGUCAUUUCAUAUUAUGUACCGUAAAAGACAUGUCCAACAGAACACUUGGCAUCAAUUAAAUCUAUCAAAUAUUUAUCUUAUUUAAUGUCAAAUCGUUUUCGCUAUUUAAAAACACACAAAAAAACAAUUUUGACAGAGUGAGUGGACCACACCUGCGUUGGCCAUAUUUUAGUAGGCCUGUGGGUUAAGUUAAGAAUUUGUUCUGAACUGACUUGCCUAGUUCAAUAAAGAUUUUAAAAAAUACAUUAAAAAAUUCAUUUUAUAACUUUAUUCUGGCUACUUCUUGUUAAUGGAGGGACAUGGCUAGCUUCCCUCCUCUGUGUCAAAAUGUACUGUAACGGCAUGGGGUUACUGAGGAGUCUUUGUCAUGUUGGGUUAUCUGUGACAUUAUGAGGACGUUGAUUCCACUAUAUUAUACAAACACACAACAAUGCAGGUAUCUCCAACCCAAACCCGAUUUGCAUUAAACAUGUUCGAAUGGUAGAUGCAAAACAAUAUAUUUAAAUACUUAUACUUUAUAAAUAUAUGGCUUUGGAUAGACCUAGUUGGCUAGGGUGUGUGGCGCGGUAUUAUGAUGGUAGUGGAUGUUUUGUGUGUGUGUGUAUAUACUGUUGAAGUCGGCAGUUCACAUACACCUUGGCAAAAUACAUCUCAACUCAGUUUUUCACAAUUCCUGACAUUUAAUCCUCGUAAAAAUUCCCUGUCUUAGGUCAGAUCAUCACUUUAUUUUUUUAACCUUUAUUUAACUAGGCAAGUCAGUUAAGAACAAAUUCUAAAUUUCAAUGACGGCCUAGGAACAGUGGGUUAACUGCCUGUUCAGAGGCAGAACAACAAAUUUGUACCGUGUCAGCUAGGGGAUUUGAACUUGCAACCUUUCGGUUACAAGUCCAACACUCUUACCACUAGGCUUCCCUGUCUUUUAAGAAUGUGAAAUGUCAGAAUAAUAGUAGAGAAUGAUUUAAUUCAGCUUUUUGUUCUUUAAUCACAUUCCCAGUGGGUCAGAAGGUUACAUACACUCAAUUAGUAUUUGGUUGCAUUGCCUUUAAAUUGUUUAACUUGGGUCAAACGUUUCGGGUAGCCUUCCACACGCUUCCCACAAUAAGUUGGGAGGAUUUUGGCCCAUUCCUCCUGACAGAGCUGGUGUAACUGAGUCAGGUUUGUAGGCCUCCUUGCUCACACAUACUUUUUCAGUUCUACCCACAAAUUUUCUAUAGGAUUGAGGUCAGGGCUUUGUGAUUGCCACUCCAAUACAUUGACCUUGUUGUCCUUGAGCCAUUUUGCCACAACAUUGGAAGUAUGCUUGGGGUCAUUGUCCAUUUGGAAGACCCAUUUGCGACCAAGCUUUAACUUCCUGACUGAUGUCUUGAGAUGUUGCUUCAAUAUAUCCACAUAAUUUUCCUGCCUCAUGAUGCCAUCUAUUUUGUGAAGUGCACCAGUCCCUCCUGCAGCAAAGCACCCCCAUAACAUGAUGCUGCCACCCCCCGCUUCACGGUUGGGAUGGUAUUCUUCAGCUUGCAAGCCUCCCCCUUUUUCCUCCAAACAUAACAAUGGUCAUUAUGGCCAAACAGUUCCAUUUUUGCUUCAUCAGACCAUUUGACAUUUCUUCAAGUAGGAUUUUUGUGCCCAUGUGCAGUUGCAAACCGUAGUCUGGCUUUUUUAUGGCGGUUUUGGAGCAGUGGCUUCUUCCUUGCUGAGCGGCCUUUCAGGUUAUGUCGAUUUAGUACUCGUUUGCCUGUGGAUAUAGAUAUUUUUGUACCCGUUUCCUCCAGCAUCUUCACAAGGUCCUUUGCUGGAAUUGAUUUGCACUUUUUGCACCAAGUACGUUCAUCUCAAGGAGACAGAACGCGUCUCCUUCCUGAGCGGUAUGAUGGCUGCGUGGUCCCAUGGUGUUUAUACUUGCAUACUAUUGUUUGUACAGAUGAAUGUGGUACCUUCAGGUGUUUGGAAAUUGCUCCCAAGGAUGAACCAGACUUGUAGAGGUCUACAAUGUUUUCCUGAGGUCUUGGCUGAUUUCCUUUGAUUUUCCCACGAUGUCAAGCAAAGAUGCACUGAGUUUGGAGGUAGGCCUUGAAAUACAUCCACAGGUACACCUCCAAUUGACUCAGAUUAUGUUAAUUAGCCUAACAGAAGCUUCUAAAGCCAUGAGAUAAUUUUCUGGAAUUUUCCAAGCGGUUUAAAGUCACAGUCAACUUGGUAUAUGUAAACUUCUGACCCACUGGAAUUGUGAUACAGUGAAUUAUAAGUGAAAUAAUCUGUCUGUAAACAAUUGUUACUUGUGUCAUGCACAAAGUAGAUGUCCUAACCGACUUGCCAAAACUAUAGUUUGUUAACAAGAAAUUUGUGGAGCGGUUGAAAAAUUAGUUUUAAUGACUCCAACCGAAGUGUAUGUUAACUUCCGACUUCAACUGUAUAUGUAUGUAUGUAUGUUUGUGUAUAGAUACAUACACACACACACUCAUUCCAGUUGUUUAUUUUUAUUUGUAAUAUUUUCUACAUUGUAGAAUAAUAGUGAACACAUCAAAACUAUUAAAUAACCCAUUUGGAAUCAUGUA